GUGAUUCUAGUGACAUCCAUGAUAAUCUCCAUCGUAUUAUUUUUAUGCAGUUUCUCUUUAAAUCACACAUGAUUUUCUAUUGAUACAAGUGUUAAAUUACGUGCUAAAUAGUUUUAAGUAGUGCCUCAAAAUGAUGAGUGACGACGAUCGUGAUAUUGACAUAGAAAGUGAUGCUGAAAAUGACUCCGAUUCUCGUACUCAUAGGAAUAGCAGCGGUGGAAGUGGAUACUAUUCCCAGGCGGAAAAGCGAGCACACCACAACGCAUUGGAGCGGAAAAGAAGAGACCACAUUAAGGAUAGUUUUACGUCAUUAAGAGACUCUGUGCCUGCGUUGCAGGGUGAGAAAGUGGUAUGUAAGGCAAGCAGAGCGCAGAUUUUGAAAAAAGCCGCAGAAUACAUCAUGUUUAUGAGGCGGAAAAAUAACUCGCACCAGCAAGAUAUUGACGACUUGCGGAGACAAAAUAAUCUACUGGAAUCACAGAUUAGAGCUCUAGAAAAAGCGAGAGCAACGGGUAACUACAUGGAUGCACACGAGCUAGGCCUCGGGAUCAAGUCCGAAGGCAGCUCCCACGACACAGACAGCUCGGACGGAGAAGGCACGACCAGACGGGUGAAGAAACUUAAGAUUAACGGUGUUAAUGUUUCAUAAAACUACAUUUUGGACAGUUUUUUUAACAAUUUCCGUGAGACACAGACGUGUUAAAUAUAUUAAAACGGGUCACUCACGUAACGUAUUUUAAGUUAUAAAUCCGCCAACGCGAGCUCCUGAAGAUACUCCUCGGUAUGUGAAAGAUACCGAGCGAUUUUCGACUUAAAAUACGUGAGAGACCCGUUAUAAUAUAUUUAAUAUAUUGGACAGUGACAUGGUGUGUAAUGUAAAUUGAACUUAAUGCUCUAAGUUUUAAAGAUUAAUUGAGCAUAAUAAUAUAAUAUUGAGGCAAUCACUACUAAAUUAAUAUCAUAAAACUUUUAUUGAAAUGAAAUGCGUUUAUAUUAUGUACUAAACAUAUUUUCUUUUUAAACUAAUGGUAAACAAUAAUUUGACAUUUUUUUAUGGUGUCUGUUCAAAUUUUGAAACAGUAAAACAGGGGCCUAUUGCAAAGUUAUUUCUCAUAGGCCCCAGAUUGUUAUGAUUUUUAUUACUAUCUGAAAUGGUGUGAUGAGCAAUAGAAAAAAAAAUCACUCGCUUAAUUUAUUUUUCAAACACAAUAUCAAACGAAAGUAACAUGUAGGGUACUCCAUGUAAAUACGUUUCAGGUUUUCAAGAUCUAUGAAUGAUAUGUGACGUCUUACGGGUAAAGGUACAUUAUGGCGGUUCGCGCUUACGCUAGUAUUAACGCCGCCGCUCCAAUAUUAUUGCGGCACUAUGCGACGUAAGCGCCAGCCGCCAUAAGGUACCUUUUGCCGUGGAACGUCACAUAAUAUAGUGAAUGUAUAAAUUAAUCGGAUUGACUUUAAAACUUAAAGCAGUUAACCUUGAAUUGAUCUGUAUACUUUUUUGAUGGCUAAAACCUUGCAAGCAAGUGUUCUGAAUAGGUGGGGCCUUGAGGGUCUGUCAUAGCGCAAAGAAGGUCAAACCGAAGAGAUAGGCCGCGGAACAUUUGUUUGCAAUUUUAGUUUACCUAUAGUACAGAGUUUACGCAGUACUUAGGCGGUACCGGAACAGUAAUAUACACGGUGUAACAUGAGGAAACCGAAUAAUUUUAACCACGCAUUUCUGAGGUCAAAAGAAGUAAAAAAUGUAAUAUAAGUUUAGGUCAAUUUCGUCAAAAAAAAAAUUUUUUUUCGUUUUGUUUUUUCAAUUUUUUGAAUGUAUUUGUACAUACAAAAUAAAUGUUAUUGGUAAACUUGUCACUUAAAACUGAUUUUUACAUUUUUUUUUCGUAGAACCUACUUUUUGCAAAGUGUUACUUGUCACUUUUUGACAUCUAUCAAUAAGGAUAUUUAGACUACGUCCCAUAGCAGCAACAUCACCAUCAAAAAGGCCUUUUACACUAUGUAACAAUAAAAACUAGUUUUUUUUUUUAAUUAAUAAUAUCUCUGAAACUAGGCGAAUUUCAAAAAAGUUUAUAGGACAUUUUUGUCUCUAAAUAUGAUCAGGAAUACGCAGUUAAAAUUAUUCGGUUUACUCAUGUUACAUCGUGUAUUUACCUAGUGAAAGCGAUUUCAGACUGUCAAGCUUACAAGCAGGGCCGUCUUAAACUAUGCUGGGGCCCUUGCGCACAUAAGAAUCUGGGGCCCUUUUGGAAAGCAAAGUAACAUUUUUCUCCUAAGAUCGUCUAUUUUUUAUAGGUAAUCAAAUAUAAUGGUACUGUCUGUCCUUCGGGGCCCCCUGAAGAUGGGGGCCUUGGGCACGGGCCCCGUGUGCCCUUAUGGUAAAGACGGUACUGCCUACAAGCUACAAGUAAGGCCGAUACCUGAAACUGCGAACGAUACGUACUAAUGAGUUAUAGAAAUCACUUGAAUAAUGACUAAUAAAAGCUGAGCCUAUUGCGUCCCAUUUCGUACGUUCCUUCGUCUAUUUGCCUCUAUCGCUCAAAGGCAAGAGUGAUAGAGAGGCACGUAACGAAAAUUCGAAGUCAUUUAUAAAAUUGAGACCGGCCGCUGUAUUUGCAAAGACAAAGUGUGGCAAUGUCAAAUUUCUAUGACAACUGUAAUGACACCCCGUCACUUUUGUUCAAGUCUGUGCAUAGGAAGGCUCGGCGUCCACUAUCGGCAUGGCACGGCAAGGGAUGCCUCGGCGUGCCGAGAUGUGCCUGGGAAUGCCGAGGCAUCCCUCAGGCGUUCUCAGGCAUACCAAGGUGUCGUAGAUAUGUCAGGCGUUCUUAGCAUUUGUUGACACUUUGGUAUGGCCCGGGCCAUACCAAUAGUGAGCGCCGGGCCUAAGAUGGAUUCUAUACCAUGAGCGUUGUUCUCUCUAGUUACUAAGCUAGGUUAACUCUAAUUUGUUAAGUAAUGAAUAUUCUAACUGAAUUUUCUGCAGAACAGUUUGAGACUAAUCAUUGAAUGUUAUAUUUUUGUACAUUUUGAAUACAUCGGAAGUUUUAAGUUUGUGUGAACAUUUUCGUAAUUAAAAUUAUGUAGUCAUUAACGUAGAAAUAAUUGUAAUAUGUCGGGGUACCUGGACGAUAAACGGACGUAUUUUUAUUUGGUUGUCAUUCAAAAAAUAGAUUAGACGUCGAUGUACUAAAUAAUUUGUUUGGUCAAAUCUAUAAUGAAUGGUCAAUCUGGAGAAUAAUUAUAAAAAUUACUGCUGGGAAGGCCUUCGUAGGGCAAGGAUUCGUAUUUUUAUACAUACUUCGCUCAGACACAGACAGAAAAGAAGAGUGUUAAAUAUUUAAUAUAUAUUAAAAACGGGUCACUCACGGAAGUUUUGUUAUUAGAAAAGAAGAGCUUGACACCAGAGGGCCUACCGCGAACCACGUUCAACGUGUUGCCUCUGUGUCGCACUUGUAAAUUCGUACGUAAGUGUGACAGGGAGGCAACACGCCGAACGUGAUUCGCGGUAGGACCUCUACUCUACCGACCUCCUCUAAGUAUAUGUGUUCAAGAGGUCAACCUACUUAUUGCAUGCUCUGAUGGGUCUAAACAUUGUAACAUCUUUACUGUUGUAAAUGUACCACAAUCUUGCAAUAACAUUUUUGAUAGACCUUACCACAAUCUUGCAAUAACAUUUUUGAUAGACAUAACUGAUAGACCUUACUAAAAAUGACAACGAGAUAAAAAUAUAGUCAAAUAACUGAUUAGUCGAAGGAUUUUAAGAAUAUUCACAUUGUAAUUUUAUAGCUACAUAUUUGUAAGUAGUCUUCUUGAACACUUAUGUUCAUUUACGAACGAAUGCUUUUAUUUUUUACGAUUUAUGUUUAUAUUUUAAUUGCACUGUGCAAUAUUUUUGUGAAUAUUUUAAUGCGUGUUUAGGUUUACAAUUUUUGAAGGAAUCUAUCUUUUACAGAAACUAAAGAUUGUACAGUCACCACAAGGGAUUGUUAUGCCAUUAAGGGCUCUUCCUAAUUGGAAUUUCUAUAGCCUCUAGCCGCCCAUACGUCAAACCUUGCCACGCUAAAUGAAAUUUUAUUUUGUCAACACAAAGUUCAAAUUAGAAUGGAACAGGAGACCUUUUCAUAGGUCUCUGGGCGGCUAGAGGUUAACGUAACUAUUGAACAAUCAAUUUAGCUAGGACCCUAAAU